UGCCCAUGAUUGGCGUGAGACGGUUCAAUGAGAAGUUUUACGGUAAUUUUCUAACUAAAAUUGAGUUUUUCGCGUCCAAUCCUAGUUUAGAAACGGGGAGGGCUUUAGCGUUACCAAGGCAAGUCUAGUGGCAAGUAUAAAGCGAAUAACAUGGUGUCCCAGAGGCUGUUUAUGUUUACUUGAAGACUCUUUGAAAGGGCGUUUUGCAGGACACGCGCGUAUUUUUGUUAUAGAUAGAUCGUCUAUUUUUGCACUUUAGUUUUUUAUGUCAAAAUUUAGUGGACUCGUGGCAUGUGAAUCUCAUCUGUCACUAAUGUGCCAGUCUUUCAAAUGGAAACGGGGCUUCGCUUUGGAAACGUGAGCAUAACCCUGGUGCUCCUGCUCUUGCUACUGCUCAAAGCGCUCAUCGGACUCGGCACGUCGCUCUCCACCGCGGGGACGGAGCUGCCUUCCUCUGCUACCCGGGCUGCAGCCUCCUCCUCCGGGGAACAUGGGGUGAGGAGAGCCAUGGAGCAGCACCAUCACCACCACCACCACCAAAGCCAGCGGGAGCAGCAGCAGAGGGACUGGGCAGAGGACGGUAGCGAAGCCCCGGUGUUCGGACCUGACGUGACCAUUGAGGACGAUGAGGUCGGCUCCGCUGCGGAUACCGAAGACUCGUACGCGGACAACAGCAGCAACGUGCAACCAACGAGGUCUCUGGUGAUCAUCAGUACUCUGGAUGGGCGGAUCUCAGCUUUGGACCCGCAUAACCAGGGCAGGAAGCAGUGGGACCUGGACGUGGGUUCGGGCUGCCUGGUCUCCUCCAGCCUCAGCAAACCAGAGGUGUUUGGCAAUAAGAUGGUGAUCCCGUCCCUGGAUGGGGCCCUGUUUCAGUGGAACAGGGACAGAGAGCUGAUGGAGGCAGUGCCCUUUAGUGUGGAGUCUUUGCUGGAGUCGUCCUAUCGCAUCGGAGACGACACGGUGCUCGUGGGGGGCAAGUCUCUCACCACCUAUGGCCUCGGGGCCUUCAGCGGAAAGAUCCGAUACAUCUGCUCUGCUGUGGGGUGCCGUCACUGGGACAAUGAGGAAGUGGAGGUGGAGGCAGAGGAUAUGCUUCUGCUGCAAAGGACCCAGAAGACCGUGCGAGCCAUCAGGCCGCGCUCAGGCACCGAGAAGUGGAACUUCAGUGUGGGAAACUUUGAGCUGAAGCUGGUCCCAGAGGCUCAGUCUGGGAUGAACUUCUUGGAGGGCAACGGUGAAGCAUGGAAAGAGUCUCCCAGGUUUAUCACUGAGGAACCAAAGGGACCAGAACAGGGUCAAGGGUCAAACCAGAACCUCGACCUGGUCAUCAAAGUGUCUGUGUCCGACUGGAAGGUGAUGGCAUUCAGCCCCGAGCCGAAUGGAGAGCUGGUGUGGGAGAGACAGUUCUGUACCCCCAUAGCCUCUGCCUGGCUUGUGGGAGGGGGGAAGGUCACACCCAUCAGUCUGUUUGACGACACAAGCUACAGCAGCCGCUCCGAGACUGAAGAGGAAGAUGAUAAUGAAGACAACAAUGGAGAGACACAGUCCAGUGUUUAUCUUGGGAUGUUCCAGGGCCAGUACUACCUCCAUUCCUCAGUAACAAUCACUGAAAAGUUUCCAUCCAAAGCCAUAACAUCGGAAAAGGACUUCGCCCCUCUCCCCACUGUCAAAUGGAAGCCGCUGAUCCAUUCUCCAUCGCGGACACCUGCUCUUGUCGGUUCAGAUGAGUUUGACAAGUGUCUGACCAAUGAUAAGUUUUCCCACGACGAAUACAGCAACGGAGCGCUGUCCAUCCUGCAGUAUCCAUAUGACAACGGCUACUUCUUCCCGUACUCUAAGCGUUACCGUGAGAAGCGAGAGACCGGCGUGAGCCUGAUUGAGGGCGGAGGGGCAGGGUCAGAGCCACGGCGACGUAAAGAUCCUGUGCUGCUGUUGCCCUGGUGGAAGGAGAUCAUCGGGACCAUCAUCUUCUGCAUUGUCACCACAACUUACAUCGUACGCAAGUUCUUCCACCCGACUGCACCCACAGCCAGUGUCCGGCAACGCAAAGAGUCUGAGACCCAGUGCCAGACGGACUCCAAGUUUGACCUUGAGGUUGUUGAGACCAAAGAGACCGUCGCCGUGGAAACCAGAUCCAGCGAAUAUGUGUCAAGGUAUCUGACAGAUUUUGAGCCUGUUCAGUGCCUUGGCCGUGGGGGGUUUGGUGUUGUGUUUGAGGCACGCAACAAGGUGGACGACUGCAACUACGCCAUCAAAAGAAUACGUUUGCCCAGCAGGGAGCAGGCGCGUGAGAAGGUGAUGCGAGAAGUGAAGGCCCUUGCGAAGCUGGAGCACCCAGGGAUCAUCCGCUACUUCAACGCCUGGCAGGAGAGUCCCCCUGAGGGCUGGCAGGAGGAGAUGGACCAGCGCUGGCUCAAAGAUGCCAGUGCCACAGAUUGGCCUAUGAGCUUUGUUGACCACAUGGAGGCGCUGUCGGUCAAAGUGCCUGUGUCCAGCUCUGUGACCCCGGCCUUCGCUCCUGUGGGAGAUGGAUCGGAGUUGUCAGUGGAUGCGAGGAGUCUCCUGAUGAGCAGCACAGGGGCGGGGGUGGUCUUUGGUCUGGAUGAGAGUGACCUGUCCUUCCACCCUAUGCUGGGACAGGACAGCCUCAUGUCAGAGCGGGACAGUCAGGCAGAUGUUGACGCUUCAGAUACCCCUCACUCCUUUGAGCUGUGCCCCCCACGUGGCCCCACCGACUGCACCUCCUCCUCUUUCGACAUUGUGUUCGAGGACUCGGGCUGUGAUCGCGACGCCGAUGCAGAGACGGACUCAACGUCUGGAGCCACAAGUCCUUCAGCCACCACCAAAAACAGCACCGCGUCAUCGACAAGGCAUCGGGAAGCCACACCCUCAUCUUCCUCACCGCCACGCCCACUUACACUGGCCCUACCCCCAGCUCCGCCCAUGCAACGCACACAGCCCUCACCAAAGGUGUACCUGUACAUCCAAAUGCAGUUGUGUCGAAAGGAGAACCUGAAGGACUGGAUGUCCCAGCGCUGCCUCCCGGACCAGAGGGAGCACAGCCAGUGUCUGGACAUCUUCCUCCAAAUCGCCGAGGCCGUGGACUUCCUGCACAGUAAAGGGCUAAUGCACAGAGACCUCAAGCCUUCAAACAUCUUCUUCACUAUGGAUGAUGUGGUGAAGGUGGGAGAUUUCGGUUUGGUCACAGCCAUGGACCAGGAGGAGGACGAGGAAGAGCCCAGUGCCUUGACCCCUGCACCGCUCCUCACUCGCCACACGGGGCAGGUCGGCACCAAGCUCUACAUGAGCCCCGAGCAGCUUUCUGGAAACUCGUACUCUCACAAAGUGGACAUCUACUCUCUGGGUCUGAUCCUGUUUGAGCUGCUCUGUCCGUUCAGGACGCAGAUGGAGAGGGUCCGGACGCUGACGGAGGUGCGAGCUCUGCGCUUCCCUGAGGUCUUCUCCAAAAACAACGUUCAAGAGCUGAACAUGGUGCGCAGCAUGCUGUCUCUGAGCCCCAGUGAGCGUCCCGAGGCUGCAGACAUCACUGGGACCCCUCUGUUUCAGGAGCUGGAGCUGCCCUGUCGCCUGGCGGUCCGACAGCGCUCACGCACCUACAGCGCCUCCUCUAUGGGACGACCGAACAGACAGAUCUCCUCCUCAUCUUAAUCUAUAAAACACCACGCCACAGUACACAAGGAAUCACCCAGCAAUUUUGUCUUUAGACUCAUCUCCUGUUACACAAAUACGAUCAACGAUAUUUUUUUCCUCACCAUAGCCAUUGAAAAGUACCCAGCAGACUUGGCAAGUGUGUUUUAUUCCUCAAGGAUAUUUUAAGAAUGGAGCAGAUGGGCUGUUGACUGGAGGCCCUUUCUACAAUAAAUAUGCGCCAUCAAAGCAACAUUAAGCCACAUUAUGAAAACUGAAUACCUCCAAACCAUCUGAUCAUUUUGUAUUUUUCCCAUGCUGAGGGUCACCGUUUGCAAAAAUAGAAAGGAUCAGUGUGUCUCUUCUUCUGGAUGCCAUUUUCAAAUACAUGUUGUUAUUUUAGUGAGGACAAUCUGUUUUUGCUUAAAUUUCUAGAGUAUAAUGCCUUAAGUCUUUUUUCGUUACCAUAUUGCUUGGCAUUGAAGCAGAACUAAAAUUUCAACCACAUUUUAUGUAAAAAGAAAAAAAUAAUUGUACAGUCAAAUUCAGUACAUUUCUUAAAAGUACAGUAUGUGACUUUGUGGAGGAGGCACACACAAGAUUAUAGCCAAAGGAACAACAUUUUUGCAAAAAAAAAAAGUGCAAUAAGCACAAACAAACUGAAAAAAGAACACAUUUUUGUCAAUUUUCUGGCAAAAAGUUACAUACUGUGGCUUUAAAGAAGCUUGUGGGAGUUUCAUAGGUGUACAAAAUGGUCUAUUUUUAAGUCACUUCUAUCCCACACUGACCAAUACUGUAUUUGAAUGCAUAUGGUAAUGCUACAUUGGAAGAGACAGCACUUAUCUUUUUCUAUUUUCAACUUUUGAAAUUAUGAUUUGAUCCCAGGCGGUCGCAAACAAACAAUAAAUCCACUGCUUGCUUCCACAAACCUGCUGCCAGUGUCCACCCCCAAAGCCAAAACCUCAGGAACCUAAACAAACCUGUAGCGGGGCCUUGACGCUUGGACCAUCCCAAACUAGUGAGACUAAAGAUGAGCUAAAUCACUGGCACUAAAGCUGUGAGCUACACCUGCAAUGCCUGAUGGGAGACCAAAACUUUUUCUUAUUUUUCUAAUCAAAAAAUUGUGGUUUGUAAAAUUUCUGAUAUAAUUUGCCUUUUCUUGAACAUUUUUUGCAUGGACUUGAUAAAAAGAGGAGAGAGCCGUUUCUAAAGCCAGUAAUUUGGACAAUGAGUUUUUGAGGUGCUCAAUCAUUUACAAGCACCUCCUUUUUGGAUCUUUGUACAGAAUGAAAGCCUGUUUAUAUGUUUUCUUGUAAUAAUUUUCCAUCUUUGCUGUAAAUAGCCUGAGAAUUGCUUGUAAAUGGACUUUUCCCUCAGAAGUGUAAGAUAGUUUGACUUUUGUAGGAGAAGAAACGGGACAAUUUUUGCCAUUAACAGAUAAGUUGAAUGUUGCAGCGCCCUUCAGAGGUUGCGGUCAUAACUUUUUCAAUUCAGUGUUUUUUUGAAGGAGCCAGAGGAAACCUGCCGGACCAGAGUGCCAUUCGAGAGACAGACAAGUGUACUUUACUGUAGAUUCACUUCAUUCACUGCAUCUAGUCUGAAGAAUACUUGGAGCAUUUGGAGUGGGAUUGUAUGAGGUACUUGUUUAGAAAAAGUCUGUCAGCACUCAAAGGAGAGUGAAUGUUUUAUAUAUAAUAGUUUUACUAUUUGGUCAUCUUCUUUGCCUGAAACAACUUUAGUUUUGCAUAACUAAUUAUUGCCAAAAUCAUUAUUCUUACCAUUUGACAGAGAUAAAAAUACAACUACCAGUAGAUACAAAACUACAACCAUAGACUAUAUAUAAAUGGACGCUUCCAGCUCCAUCAACUCUGUUUCCAAUUGACUUUAUGCUUAAAUGUUGCCACCCGUCUCUGCAACUGCUGAAGUGAGUCUCAUCGUUUUGACCUUAAAUGAUCAUAUUAACCCCGCUCUUCAUGAUCUUGGGAUUUUUAUUUCGCUGUUUUGUCAGGAAGUUAAUUUCUGUUCCUAAUAUGCCAGCCUUGGUGAGCUUCAUUUGACUGGAGCCGAACUCUAUGGGUGACGUCACUUUUUUGUACAGUCUAUGUCUACAACUAAAAGUUUCCACCAUUUUACCAUUCAUAUUAAACUAUUGUUGAGAUGAUUUUCUGUUGAUAUUAGGCAUUGAAAAUUCUAAGGAUAUAUUUUCAUACAUAAGUAAAAUGAAUGAAUUUAAUUUGAUAAGUAAAUCUAUUCGAAGGCUUUAGAACGAUGAAAAAUGAGGACCAUUACCAUAACAGCAUUUCAGAAGAAAAUGUUAUAGGUUUUAAUGGUCAAAAAUCCUCAAAAUAACUAUACUGGAGACUAUUCCUCUACAAGCCCACUCCAACGCUCACAUCACUUUAACCUUGUGCUUCUUAUUUACACAAAGCACAACUCACCACAUGAUGUAGUCUUCAUUUAUGAACAUUUAACAUGGGAGAUUAGGACUGUUUGCCUCCUUCAGUUUCUCUAUGGCAGACACGGACCUGCUUUCACCUUUGACCUUUUGUUUUGUAUAUACUGAACUCAUGGGAAGAGUCACAUGACCUGUUUGUAACUGCACACAACGUACUUUUCUUCAGUGAUUGUACUUUUGUAAGGAAUAUUUUGGUACAAUUUAUUACUCUUCAGGAUUUUUAUUAUGAUAAUGUCCUGUAUGUUUUCCAUAAAGUCAAAUCAUUCAAGUCUUCUGUUUAAGUGUAUAAUCCAAAUUUAAGAAAAAAACAGGAACUUGUAACUGGCAAAAUGAAGGAUUCCUGUACAUAGUGACAUGCACAUAUCAGGCAGAACAUUAUGGCCACAGAAAGAGGAAGGAAAAUAAUCUUUGUUAUGACAGCUGUUGAUAUAUUAGGCAAUAUUUAUUCCCCACAACAUGAAAAACUUGAGAACUAAGGAUUUUUAAGAGUUUAAGAAGAUAUUUUAACUGACAUGUAAUGGUCAGAGCAUCUCCACGUCUGCAGUAUCCAAAGUUGCCCAAAACAGCCCAUGUUGGAGUUGCAAUACAACUGAAUCAAAGUUUGAAUAGUCAAGUAUCAAACUACAAACACUAAUAUUUCAGGUAAUGAUGUUGGCUUCAGAGAACUGCGUUUCCCUGUGUCUCCAUGACGUCUUAGAGCUACAUUUAUCCAGCCAUGUCCUCAAAUGCAUGCAAUUCUUACUGGUUCCCUAUUCACAUUUUGUUUACUCUUGAAUGUUAAAGGUGCACUGUGUAACUUUUCUGGUGGAAAGUCCAUCAUCUGCUUGUCUCCAUGGUGAUGUUGUUGCUUUGUCUGGACUGUACCAGUAUGGCAUUCAACGUGUCCAUCUUGCAUUUGCCCAGUUACAUGGAUUUUAACUGACUUAAAAACUUGCUGUGAACUUGUAACUUGGCCCUAUGGCGUCACCUGCUGUCUCUGUAGAGCUAAUUAAGAGUAAUGCCAUACUCUGGAACAUUCCGGGCAAAUCUCCAUGGAGAGAAGCAGGUGACGGACUCUCUACCACAAGUUACAGAGUGCAUCUUUAACGCUCCUGGAUCAAAGUUUGCAAUUGAAUAAUGUUGUAAGAAUUUUCAAGAAAAUAUCACAAUUGCAGCAUGAAUAUGACUCUGAUCCAACUGACAUGAUAGAAUAUAUGAUAGAAAUACAUUACAAAUACAGUUUAUGGAGGUUGUAUCAGGUAGUCAUAAUGUUAUGCCUGAUUAGUGUAUAUUAGGUAGUGACUGAAAUAAGACAUUAUUUAGAAGCAACAAACCCUUCCACUUAAACCACCAAGUCCUCAUCGAUAACAGACUGACUUUUUGACAAUGGCGUUUUAGUUUUUUUUUGUUUUGUUUUUUUGUUCUCUUUUUUGACAAUUUGAAAAUCUUAAAAUGUUAACACGUUUUUGUGAUUUCACUCCUCUCUCUUCUCCGUCUGUAGUUGUGGCAUUACAUGUGCACAGCGCUCCCUACCUGUGUCCCAUUGUAAAUAUGUUUAUUUUCACUAUUUAUGUUCCUGAGCCGUGAUCAAUCCUUUGUGGGUUGGUGUUAUAAUGAAUGCGCUUCAGACCACGGAGUGCGUUGGAUUAAUGACUUCUUACAAGUCCGAAUUUAAUAAACUGUUCUAUUCCA